CCGCCCCACGAUGGAACAUAAGUCGGCUCCGUCUGACAAGGAAAACAGUAGCAGUCCUCUCGAGUCAUUUCAAAACAUUUUGUAUUCUACAAAAUGGCCCGCUAUCUUUCGCUGAUUUUAGCUGCUUUAAGCGCAGUCGCGUCGUCACAGUUUGUACCGCCGUAUACAGAAGACUGUCGAACGGGAAUGUAUCCGCCGAGUGGGCCUACGUUUCGAGGCGCUGUGAGCUGGUACGCUGUGGACUUGGACUUGCCGCCAAAGGACAGAUGGACAGCUGUGAUCACCGACAAAAAGGCGGAGUUGGUGAGCAUGAUUCAGGCCGUGCGAGACUUGGCCAACGCUUUGGUUCCCGGCGGGAAGCUCAUCGAGCUGGUGGACCUCGCUCUGCCUUUGGUUGCCAACACGCUCCCGUACCCGUUCGGUGACGAAAUGAAAGGAAUAGCAGCCGCGUCGGGAGUUCCUCUCGGCGAGGUGGUCCUGUUUAACAUCUUUUACGAGGUGUUUACCGUUUGCACCUCAGUGGUUGCGGAGGACGCAAAAGGAAACCUCUUGCAUGGUCGCAACCUGGAUUUUGGUUUGUUUAUGGGAUGGGACGUGAAGAACAAGUCUUGGGUCAUGAGCGAGCAGCUAAAAUCGAUCGUCAUCAACGUGGACUUCAAGAGGAACAACCGCACCGUUUUCAAAUCGACCAACUUUGCCGGUUACGUGGGCAUGCUGACCGGCAUCAAGCCUAAAACGUUCACCCUCACCAUGAAUGAACGCUUCAGUCUGGAUGGAGGAUAUAUCGGCAUCCUGGAGUGGAUCCUGGGAAAGCGAGACGGUUUCUGGAUGAGCUUCCUUACUCGUUCCGUACUGGAAAACGCAACCAGCUACGAGCAGGCCAAGUUUGAGCUGGCUCAGACGAAGCUUCUGGCUCCCGCCUACUUCAUCCUGGGAGGAAACAGCACGGGGCAAGGUUGCAUCAUCACCAGAUCCAGACUCACCAGUCUGGACGUCCUCGAGAUCGAUCUAAAGCUGGGCCGCUGGUUCGUUUUGGAAACCAACUACGACCACUGGAAGGAGCCGCUGUUCCUGGACGACCGCCGGACACCCGCCGUCAAGUGCAUGAACCAAACGUCGCAAGCUAACGUGUCCCUGAAGACGCUGUACGAUGUCCUGUCCACUAAGCCCGUCCUCAACAAGUUGACGACAUACACCACGCUGAUGCAAGUGUCGUCGGGCACGCUGGAGUCGUACGUUCGCGACUGCCCCAGCCCCUGCAUGCCCUGGUGAAGCAACCCAACCCAACCCGCCACUGACUACGAGGGAAAAAAUGACAACUUCAGCCUUUAUUAAAACACCCAACAUUUUAUUUAAAACGUAACAGUCCUGACAUGGAAAGUCCAUUUAUAGAACACAAACAGAAAGCAUUUGAACUUGUCAGCAGUGUUGACUUGUAACCCACCCCACACCCGACACACAAACUUCAUUGAUUCACUAAAAUCAAAUUGACCAACUCAUGUGUGUGCAGUACAGCUUAUAGAACUACAGUAUUGGUUAAAGUAUCAUUAAAAUGAAUGAAUUGAA